AUGCACCACGUGGGUAGUGUAGGGAACCCAAAUAAUUCAACUCGCCCACGCAAGGAAAAGAGAUUGACAUAUGUGUUGAAUGAUUCUGAUGACACAAAGCAUUGUGCAGGCAUAAAUUGCUUGGCUGUACUUAAGUCCGAAUCAUCUGAUGAGUCUGAUUUUCUUUUCACCGGAAGCCGUGAUGGCAAACUAAGAAGGUGGGCACUAUCUGUGGAUGCAGCGGCAUGCUCUGCGACCUUUGAAUCUCACUUGGAUUGGGUAAAUGAUGCGGUUCUUGUGGGUGAUAGUACGCUUGUUUCUUGUUCUUCAGAUACGACCCUUAAGACAUGGAAUGCCUUGUCCACAGGAAAAUGUACUAGGACGCUCUGCCAACACUCAGAUUAUGUUACUUGCCUUGCAGCAGCUGAAAAAAAUAGCAAUAUUGUUGCCUCGGGCGGCCUUGGUGGGGAGGUUUUUAUAUGGGAUAUUGAAGCUGCACUCGCUUCAGCUGCAAAAUGCAAUGAUGCUAUGGAUGUCGAUACUUCAAAUUAUGUCAAUGGUUCUGGCAACUUAUUGCCAAUGACAAGAUUACGUACCAUCGGCUCUAGCAACAGUAUAUCCAUGCAAACUCAAACUGAAGGAUACAUUCCGGUUACUGCCAAAGGCCAUAAGGAAUCUGUUUAUGCAUUGACUAUGAAUGAAGGUGGAACACUUCUUGUUUCCGGUGGUACAGAAAAGGUUGUACGUGUUUGGGAUCCAAGAUCUGGAUCAAAGACUAUGAAGCUAAAAGGGCAUACAGAUAACAUCAGAGCUUUGCUUCUGGAUUCUACUGGCAGGUUUUGUUUAUCAGGAUCUUCAGACUCUAUGUUAAGGCUUUGGGAUCUCGGUCAGCAACGGUGUGUGCAUUCUUAUGCCGUUCAUACAGAUUCUGUUUGGGCUCUUGCUAGCAAUUCAACGUUUAGUCAUGUUUAUAGUGGUGGUAGAGACUCUUCUUUAUACUUGACAGAUUUGCAUACCAGAGAGAGCAUUUUGCUUAGCACUGGGGAACAACCAAUUCUUCAAAUGGCUUUGCAUGAUGAUAGCAUAUGGGUUGCAUCAACGGACUCGUCAGUUCACAGAUGGCCUGCUGAAGUGGGCAACCCUCAAAAGAUUUUCCAAAAAGGCAAUGCUUUUUUAGCUGGAAAUUUGUCAUUUUCAAGAGCGAGGGUGUCUCUAGAAGGAUCUACCCCUGUUACUGAAUACAAACAGCCUACAUUGACUAUUCCUGGCAUCCCUGCAAUAGUACAGCAUGAAGUUUUAAAUAAUAAGAGGCAUGUGCUGACAAAGGAUACUUCUGGUUCAGUGAAGUUGUGGGAAAUCACGAAAGGUGUUGCAAUUGAAGAUUACGGAAAGGUACCAUUCGACGAGAAAAAGGAAGACCUGUUUGAGAUGGUUAGUAUUCCUGCAUGGUUCACAGUGGAUACCAGACUUGGAUGUUUGUCUGUACAUUUGGACACUCCCCAGUGCUUUUCUGCAGAGUUGUAUUCACAAGAGCUUAACAUUGUAGACAAGCCCGAAGAUGAUAAGAUUAACUUGGCCCGAGAAACACUGAAAGGGCUCUUGGCUCAUUGGAUGAGAAAACGAAAGCAAAGGAUGGGAACUCCUGUUUCUGCUAAUGGGGAAUUAUCAUCUGAAAACGAAAUUGGUACUAGAAGUCUUUCACAUUCAAGAGUUGAGGUUGACGGAAGUUCUGAGAAUGAGGCUGUUGUUUAUCCUCCUUUUGAAUUCUCAAUUGUUUCCCCUCCUUCCAUUAUUACUGAGGGAACACUUGGAGGUCCAUGGAGAAAAAAGAUUACAAAUUUAGAUGGAACUGAAGAUGAUAAAGACUUCCCCUGGUGGUGUCUGGAUUGUGUACUGAAUAAUCAAUUACCUCCUAGAGAAAAUACCAAAUGCAGUUUCUAUUUAUGUCCCUGUGAAAGCUCUAAUGUCCAGAUCCUCACUCAAGGGAAGCUAAGUGCUCCACGUAUAUUAAAAAUUCAUAAGGUUAUUAAUUAUGUUAUAGAAAAGUUGGUGCUUGACAAACCUUUGGAUAGUGUCGAUGCUCAAGGUAGUUUCCCCCCUGGAAUUGCUGGAUCGAAUUUACAGAACCAAACAGCUGGGGAUGAUUCUUUCCGAUCUGGGUUUAAACCUUGGCAAAAACUUAGACCUUCUAUUGAAAUAUUGUGCAACAAUCAGAUAUUGCCUCCAGAAAUGAGCUUAGCCACAGUGCGAGCUUAUAUAUGGAAGAAAACAGAGGACCUUGCCCUAAAUUACAGAGUAAUUCAUGGGAGGUGA